GUCAACAGUCACUCUUCUUCGUGGGAGAUCUUCAUCUAGGACAGUCCGGUUCCCUGUAUCUUCUCUUGUGACAGUGAACAAAUCUUUAACUUCUCCCAACAACAGCAGCACUUUACCACAACAAUACCUUUCCUGCUCUGACACCUUUGAUAACGAAGAACUUGGAAAAGGUCAGGACUAUAUGAGAACGUUAUUUGUUGGCACUAGGAAGAGCAGUGGUGAACUAAUGGAGAAAACAGGACGGUCCCUAAUUCCAGCUGAGUAUUACAGUUCAUCGUCAUCCAGUGUUGGGAACCUUAAAAUUACUGAAGUUCAUUUCAGUGGCCAUUAUGUGAAGAUAAUUAAUAGUUCCUCUGACAAAGAAGAAAGCAUUGGAGAUUAUACACUUCAGCAGAACAUUAACGGCCACCCAGCGGCCAUUUUUAAAUUCCCCCCCAACAUCAGAAUGAAGCCGAAAUCCUGUGUGACGGUGUGGUCCAUGGAUUCUAAAAGGCAUCAUAAGCCUCCCACAGAUUAUCUGUGGAAGGAGCUGGACAGGUUGCAGUCAGGCUCUCAAUGCACCACGAUUCUUUGUAAUCCUUCUGGACAGGCCAUGGCUUGGUACACGCCCAUCAACUGGAAGAAGAAGACCUCCAAGGUGGUGGAAGCAGAGGGGAGAGUCAGCAGGAAAUCUAUGCAGGCUAUCAGAAGAGCCCAGGCCCAACAACAGCAGGACCAGCAUGAAGCAAGAGCGUUUGAUAUAUGGCAGGCAAUGCCUAGUCAAAGCCACCUGACAGAACCCGAAGCGGAUUACCUCAUAAGAGAGAAAAGGAUGCCCCCCAUUCUGCGUCCUCCUCAGAAUUCGUGGUGCCGAAGUCCGAGUUCUCCGACACACCCCCAUUAUUCUCUGGGGAGAACCCUCCCACCGGGCAGCAAAGAAAUCCAUAUGUUGAGCCAAACGAGGACCCAAGAGGUGAAAUCUUUUCCCAAUCUUGAUAGUUCCUACUCAGGAGAAGCUUAUAAGAUAAAGCUAGCCACAGCAGACAGGAACAAGAAAAGCCGAUUGAAGCCACCUCGAUCAGCUGGGCCUAUUCUGCUGGAGCCCAAUUCGUUGGCAUCAUUUAAAGAACUUCUGUACAAUUAA